CUUGGACGUUUUGAGGGAAGUUUUGGCUUGAGCGAUAAUGUAAAAUUAUGUCAAUAUAUAUGUAACUAUCUUGGAACGUUCUGGAUAUGUAUUUUUCUAGUACAGUGCAUCAAAGGUGCCCAUGUAAUAUGGAAGGGUUCCCGGUUGAGAUGUUGCUUAUCUCAGCACGGACUCAUUUCCCUUUACAAACGUUGCAGCGAAGUCACUGUCAGUGUCUAGUGUCUACUGCCCGCAGAAGGCUAUCACAUCCUACGGAUACAACAAUUGCUUCGCCCGGUUGAUAGACCACGUCGUUGUAUAUGAUAUAGGCCACUAUAACGAUUUUGGUUUCGCCCAUACCGUGCACCCAGCAUUCAACACUAUGUCCCUCAAUUCUGUCGACGUUUUCAAAACGGCUGGAUACAAGGGAUGCAGUCACGCAUAUCUUUUCAAGCUAGUGCAGAGUCAUGUAUUUCAUCACCUACAUCAUGACGAUUGGGGUUAUGUGAUCUCAAUACCGUCGAAACACACCAGGGAGCUCCCUAUGAACCGAGAAGGAGCCAGACUUAACGGGCGGGAAGAGUUGAACGAGAGCCCAGUCAAACGAUGGCGCACAGAAUUGAAUGACACUGCAACUCUUGAGGCUACAAGAAGUUUGUCCAUUCUCCUCAUGACAAGAUGCAUGCCAGCCCUCCGAGUCUACGUGUUUGUUAACCGUUCAUACCCAGAACCAUCAUCUUCCGGGGAAAACUCCAAACGCACAGACCCUGUCGAGCACCACGGGAUGUCACCUAUUCCAGAGGACGUCUCACAGAUUGAUCAUCUGAAAGCCCUUGGAAGAUCGAGCUCACCUCCAUCUACGAAGAUUUCUGACAUCACUGUUUUUGAGCUAGACAGUUGCAACUUCGUGUCUGUGCGAGGCUGUUGUGUCGAAGCUGUAUAUGACGCACAUCAAGAUCUCCCAGUGGCGACCAUCGAUGCCCAGGAGCUCAGAGAAAGCAUUGGACGCUUUCGAGUUCUGAUCAUAGGGAGAGCAAACGCAGGCAAAACAACCAUUCUUCAGAAGGUCUGCAACACCACAGAUCAACCAGAAAUUUUCGAUGCCAAAGGAAACAGGAUCGAUGCUGACGUCGUGGAAGCCUCGAUCAAGCGUGGCAAUCACAACAUCACAAACGAGAUGGUGUUCAAAAGUAGUCCUGGUUUCGUCUUUCACGACUCUUGCGGUUUCGAAGCGGGAUCUGAAGAAGAAUUCGAGAGCAUGAAGAGAUUUAUCUCAGAGCGCGUACACGCGACGAAACUGGAGGAGCGAAUCCAUGCUAUCUGGCAACGGUCGGAGGAGAAGUUCUUCCUUGAGUGCGACACCGGGCACGUUCCCGUGAUCACGGUGUUCACCAAGUUCGAAGCUCUUCGUCCAGUAGCGUAUGGAGACAUCAAGAAGGAAAUACAAGGUGUAUCUGCAGAAGAACGCUCAAAAAGGAUAGCCCAACGCGUUGAAGAACUGUUCGCUAAUACCGGUGUUUGUGAUCGGUUGUGUGACCCUGAAAACCGUACGCGUCCUAAGUUUCAUGUGCGCUUGGAGAUGACCGACCUAGAUAUGAACAAGCCGAAUACAAACUGCAACACUCUACUGGAACGCACGACUUUCGCGUUGGACAACGACGAAUUGCGAUUGUGCUUGGUGUCAACACAACAAUCAAACCUGGAGCUUUGCAUCAAGUGUGCCGUCGCAACACUCGUUGAUCGCGCACAUCAGCAAUCUGGGCUACGUCGGGUCGAUUACGAAGUCAAUCAGUAUGCCAUUGCUAAGUGGUUUGCACAUCUCCAAUUGCCCAUCGAUCACAGAUGUUCUCGACCCGUGCUCAUGAUCCGCAUCCCUCGCUGCUGCUCGCCUGUUGACAGUUUUGGGUUAAGUGCCUUGAUUGUUUCUAGUCCUCGACCCACGUUCAUGAUUCCCAUACAUCGCUGCUACUCGCCUGUUGAUAGCGACGAAUCCAUGCUCGUGAUCCCCAUCUCUCGCUGCUGCUCGCCUGUUGACAGGGGGAAUCCUCGACCCGUGCUCAUGAUCCUCAUUCCUCGCUGCUGCUCGCAUGUUGACAGAAUGUCGGAAUAUGUGGGUGCCUUGAUUGUUUCUGAACCUCGACCUGUGUCAAUCAUCCCUAUCCCUCGCCGCUGCUCGCCUGUUGACAGGUGGGGGUCAGUGCCGUCAUUUUCUCUAGUCCUCGACCUGUGCUCAUCAUCCCCAUCUCCCGUCGCUGCUCGCCUGUUGACAGUUUCGGGUAAGUCCCUUGAUUGUUUCUUAACUUAUGAUCCUAAUGUCUUGUUGCCCCCCGCCUGUCGACAGAAAGAGGUGGCCGAUAAUGAUCUCAAGGCCAAAAUCAGGCGAAGUGACAUUAUCCGCGUCCUCCAGCCUUUGGUUGUGAAGGGUUCAAUGUUCACUUCUGCUGCGAACAGAAUCGUUCAGACUGGCAUCGCUACUGUCAUCGUCCUCGAGUAUUCCGCCUUUCUCGCGGACGACUUGGAUGACUUGAAGUGCAUCGAGUCUGCCAUGGAAUACUACCUGAAAUCUCCGACAGCUGUCGUAGUGGAGAAAGGAGCGCAAGAGAUUUCUCGUCAAGGCUACGACGCAGAGGAACUAGAGAAGAAGAUUCUUGAGUUCAUCCUUGAAAAUCGCCUGUACACGACACUUCAGUCUCAACUGCUGAACGCUGCAGAUUGUAUCGAAUUUCAACACCCGUUUUUCGGAUCUAACUUGCGCCCGUCAAAUGAUCCGCUGUUCAUUCUCAUUUUCAAUAAUGACAAAAACUGGCUCGUGUGCUUCAAUGCUGAAGCGGAGGGGCAUGACGGCUCACAACAUCGUCGAUGCUCGUCGGGACAGCAUGCAGCCUGGGGGAGGGAAGAUCUCGGACAGAAAACCAAAAUGACAGAAAGUGACACAGACGUAUCGAGGCAUUGA